AUGUUUACCGAUUCACCGCCAACUAUUAGAAAUGAAUGUUAUACAACAACUGCAAUAAUAUGCACAUUUUUUGCAUGUCUGUGUAUUUUUCUACUGAUUUUUGCACUCUUUUAUUUAGCAUAUUUUAAACCAUUUUUUAACGAUCAUAAAUAUUGCAUAAAACAACAAAAACAACAACAACAACAGAAUGAAAAUGAACAGCAAAUAUCGGCAAUAACACUUCUCGAACAAUACGAUACCCAAAACACAUAUCCAAAAUAUAUUUGCGAUAUGCAAAUGUCACCUAAAGAAUGUUGUAAACAACAAAAUUGUAAACAAAGUUAUAUAAAGCAUCGUGAAUAUAGACGACGUCGAAAGAAACGUCAACCAAUUUCACUUUCAACAAUUAAUGAGAAUUAUGUCACAGAUUCUUUUCCAAAAUCAACCAUAAUCGAUGAUAAAUGGAUUGUUGGAAAUGAAAUGUACGCUUACAAUAAUCGAAUAUUUAAUAAUUGCAAAUGUCGAAAUUGUACAUUUAGUAAAAUUAUGAAUAGUAAUGCUAAAACAUUAAGGCAACCAGUGUUACCUGAAUGUCAUAGUACACCUGUAUAA